CGCGAGACUUCGGCUCUGAACUACUGGACUAUCGUUCAGGGUUACGCUUGACGAUACAGUUCUGUCAAGGUAAACAUGUCUCAUAAUGAUGAAGGAUAUGUGGUACGGAUCCGUGGUUUGCCUUGGUCAUGCACACAGGAGGAAGUGGCCUCCUUUUUCUCUGAUUGUGACAUUGUAGGGAAAGUGAAGGGGGUGUGUUUUACCUUCUCCAAAGAGGGAAGGCAGAGUGGAGAGGCGUUUGUGGAGCUGAAGACAUCAGAGGACUUUAAAAAGGCUUUGGCAAAAGAUCGUAAAUACAUGGGUCAUCGUUACGUCGAAGUGUUCAAGUCAAACCGUAGUGAGAUGGAUUGGGUGCUGAAACGCUCCAGUCCCACAGACUAUGACAGCGGCAGCAGUUGCAUGUUGCGUCUAAGAGGACUGCCAUUCGGCUGCAGUAAAGAAGAAAUUCUACAGUUCUUUUCAGGGUUGAAAAUCGUGCCAAAUGGGAUAGCAUUGCCGAUGGACUACCAGGGGAGGAGCACAGGGGAAGCCUUCGUGCAGUUUGCCUCAAAGGAAAUAGCAGAAAAGGCUCUGGGGAAACACAAGGAAAGAAUAGGGCACAGGUACAUAGAGAUAUUCAAAAGCAGUCAAAAUGAAAUGCGUGCAUACUACGAAGUACCCCGGAGGAUGAUGGGACAGAGGCCUAGUCCAUAUGACAGACCCAUGAUGGGACGCGGGGGCUUCUUUGGGCCCGGGCCUGGAAGGGGAGGUGUUGUCCUGGACCAGAUGCGCAGCGGAGGCGAUUACAGCAGCGGAUAUGGUGGGUUUGAAGACUACAAUGGCUUUAACAACAACUGCUUUGGUAACGGCAUGUUUGAAGAGCGCGUGCGUGAUGAUAGAGGAAGAGGAAGAAUGGGGGGUCAUAGCUACAGCAGCGACUCAAACUCAGGCUUUCACAACGGUCAUUUUGUGCACAUGAGAGGCCUACCGUUCCGUGCUACAGAGGCGGAUAUCGCACAUUUCUUUGCCCCUUUAAUUCCUGUGAGGGUGCAUAUUGAUGUAGGACCUAAUGGAAAGUCUACAGGAGAGGCAGACGUUGAGUUCGGAUCUCACGAAGAUGCUGUAUCUGCCAUGUCAAAAGACAAGAAUCAUAUGCAGCAUCGUUACAUUGAGCUUUUCCUGAAUUCAACUUCAAGUGGGCCGUCCGAAAUGGGCCGUGGAGGAGGUUUCUAUGGCAACUCUGGUGGUAUGGGCUCUCGAGGAAGUGGACUAAGGGGGAUGUAUUGAGGAUGCUUACAAAUCAUGCACUUUUCAACCCAAAGUUGGAACUUCCAGCUUGAAAGGUCUUUUUAUAUGAAUAUGUUUUCACAUGUUCCUAUGAAA